AUGAAUCUAUUAAACAGUUUGAGCGGAACCGGUGAUGACUAUUACGGUCUGACAUCCAAUUAUUCGUAUAUUAUUGUCACAAACAGUGAUAUAUCGGCACAAAUGAAAACAUCUCCACAUCUGAACCGAAGCCAAAAGCUUAGAAAAAACGUCUUUCUUGUGUCGCCUCUAAUGGAGAAGUCGAGUGAAUACCAGAACUACUUCGAGACAAUGGCCAACACUGCGGACACUAAAGGCGAUCAACCGUUGAUACACGAGUACAAGAGAGCCAACCAAACACAUGUGCCCGACAUGAGUGUCUCUCUGAUGGCGAAAGCCGUUUGGGCGCUAAGUCUUGCGUAUCAGAAUUUGUUUCAAAAACAAUGUGCCGGAAAUAAAGUGAAUUGCAAUCUAUCGACGAACGCAAACCUCACGGAUCUGAUGAUCAAUAGCCUCAAGAACUUGAAUGCAGUGAUCAGUGAAAGCGGUCUCAAAGAUCUGAAUGGCGUUAGACUUCGGUUCGAUAGUGAGGGCAAACUCAUGACAUGGAAGUAUCACAUUAUGAUCAUUGCCUCCAAUUGGCAGACAAUUAGUCUCGGGUUCUAUUCACUCGACAACGGACUCAAUAUUGACACCAAAUUCAUGCAAACAAUUCUCGCAAAUCGUAUCAAUCGAUUCAGAACUCGACCCAAAUCUAUGAUAAAAGCCAUUCAUAAGAAUCAAUUGAGUUCUUUGCCGUCAAACAAUAUGCACACCAUUUAUAAGCAGCCACUCUAUGGCAACGUUGGCAACAGCUCUAUGUCAGCGUCCAGUUUAAUGCGCUCAACAGUCAAACACCAAUUGACCGACUCUUCGGCCCCAAUCGAGAGACGAAUGGUUUCGCAUGACUUUCCGUCGCUAAACACAUCGUCCGCUCGACCAUCAAAUCUGGAGUCAAAUUAUGUGACGAGAAAGCGAUACAAUAGUCUAACCAUUUGGUUGGGAACCGUCUGGUCGUUGACAAUACUCAGCUCAUCAAUACUGGGAAUACUGAUCACACUCUAUGUCCAGACGUUUCUGUUGAUGAAGUCAUGCGAAGGCGCUCUCAGGAAAGCCAAUCAGGCGCUAGUGAUCUGUCAUUUGGUUGCGGUUGCCGUCACUUUCUUGGGCUCAUCGCUGUAA